AGCCAUGCUGAUUAUUUUCGCCGUUCUACUUAUAUCGACGCUCAACUCUGCUACAGGGGUUGAAUUUUUCAGUGCAAGUUUCGCGAGACCGAGAAGAGGGAUCGUCGAAACGAGUCACGAUGAUUCCCGGGACGAUAAACCUCGACCGGUCGACGUGGAGAAAAGUAGUCCAAGAUCGAAUUACAAAAAUGCCAAAAUUGUAAAGGAGCCUCCUCCAAUUGGCUCCACCGAUCCCCCAAUGUACGGUGAUAUAUUUAAACAAUCAUCGCCGUACAUUAUUCCACCGUUUCAGACUCAGAACGUGCCAUUACUGCCGUACUCCGAUAAUUUAUUUACCAUAUCUGCCGGCUACAAAAUUGCAAACGACGAGAAUUUUGGGAAACCGGUAAACCAAGCAAAGAUAUACAAGCAGAAUGUGGCUGCAGGUACGAAGCUACAAAUUCCAGUGUACAAGACCAACUAUCCACAAAAAACGUACGCGCCAAUUUUCCAAAACGGGAAAGCGUCGUUUCUCGAAGAGCAGAAGAGGGAACAGUUUCCCUCGUACUUGUCCAAUUUGCAGAACCAGCUCGUUUUGAAGCCAACGGUGGAAGACAAUCGGUUCAAUUUCGGGGAAGCGGGGACGGCCAAGGUAAACACCGUUCAGCAAUUGGGCUCGCAUUUUCUGUCCCCGCUACCCAGUUUUCAAGGCCAAGUGAUCCCUAUCUCCACGCUGGCCAACAACGCGCCGUUUCCGCGCUACAAAGGCGCAGCGAUCCAGGUUUAUCCAACCGUGGCCGGGUUUUCAACCACGGCUUAUCAACCCCUCCAGCAACAAUUCCAAUUUGGCCACGGAAUCGUCCAACCUGUUGACAACUCGGGCCGUCCUCCUAGCCCGUCCGAGGAAAUUCGAUCAGACGUCGAGAUAAUCGACAAGAAGAAACCUAGACCCCCGCCUAGGAGCGACGACGAUGACGGCGAUCAAGCUGACGACGACGACCAAGGUUAUGUUCCUCCCGAGAGACAGUACGAGGCAAAUUCACAGGGCGAUAACGAUGAUUACGAGGUUAAGAGUUUUAAGGCGCCGCCUGCGGAAGGUGACUUUAAGCCUUCCACGUCGUUUCCAUUCAAGCAAUACGACGAGAAGUUUGGCAGAUAUUCGAAUCGUGAUAAAAUCGGGGGGGAUGGGAAAUCGGUUUCGAAGAAUCGUGAUUAUUCGUCGGGCGACGAUGACGACGAGGGCGGGUAUCGAUCGGAGGACACCUCCUCGAAAGCUUUCUACGAUCGGCAAGAGGAGGAAGAGGGUGAAUACGAUGACGUGGACAAGCCGCGUGACUACGAAAGACGGAAGACGAAGGAGGAAACGUCGGGGGAUGAGAAUGCGGCUAUUAAAUAUUACGAUAAAAAUUUCGACGGGGAAUCGGAUAAAGUGAAAUUAUCGAAACAAAAAGUAAAACACGGGUCGUCGAAAGGAGGGAGGAAUGUCUACGAGGUCGAAGAUCCUUCGAGCGAAGGAAGCCAAAGGAAUUUCAGGUAUCACAAAGAUUCACGGGAUGCCGGAGGUAUAUAUAGCUCAGUACCUGAAACGAAUGUAUACGAAGGAGGUUUUGGAUAUAAAAUACUCGGAAGACGUACGGUAUUAUAA